AUGAACUUUUCCCCGGAUACCGACAUUCCAGACCUGUCCGGCAAGGUUAUCAUUGUGACUGGCGGCAGUAGCGGAUUGGGUAAAGAGAGCGUACUCCAAUUGGCGAAGCACGACCCGGCGGUCAUCUAUCUCACGGCUAGAACUAAAGCACGCGGCGAAACCGCCAUCGAGGAGAUACUGCAAGCUGUGCCCAAGGCCAAAGGCAAGAUUAGAUUCCUCGAGCUCGAUCUAGGAUCUCUCGCAUCAGUAAAGAUGGCCGCCGAGAGCUUUCUAGAGCAGUCCGAACGUCUGGACAUCUUGAUGAACAAUGCUGGCUUGAUGGCAUCGCCGCCCGGUCUUACAGUCGACGGCUACGAAGUCCAGUUCGGAUCAAACUACCUCGGACCUGCGCUGUUCACCAAGCUGCCUCUUCCCAUUCUCGCCAAAACCGCCAACCUGCCAGAAUCAGAUGUCCGCAUCAUCAAUUUGAGCUCGGAGUUGUUCAAACAAGCUCCCAAGGGGGGGAUUUUGCUCUCCGAAUGCAAGACCCCCCUUCUCAAUAUUUCCAGCGUGGCGCGCUACGGCCAGUCUAAGCUUGCUGAUUACUACCAUACCCGUUCGUUGAGUCAGCGGUAUCAAGAAAUCACCUUUGUUGCUAUACAUCCUGGAGUGGUCAACACUGGGUUGCUUGAUGACCUCAAAAAGAGACGGCCCUGGCUUGGGGGGCUGAUUGGUGUGGUGGGACGUCUGGUCCUCACGGAUGUUCACAACGGAGCGAGGGGUCAGCUAUGGGCAAGUUCGACGGAUCGGCAAAGCAUCAAGAAUGGGGCCUUCUACGGCAACAAGCUAAGAGAAUACAAGGACACCGUGCUGGACGAUGAGAAGCUCAUGCGUAAAUUGUGGGACUGGACUGAGGAAGAGUUAAAGAGAUGGGAGUAA